UAACACUACCAUUUACAGUUGAUGACACCCCGCGGUCAGUGCAAUGUGGAGUGUCCGUCUACACUUUGCCGUGCUGUUCGUGUGGGCGAGUAUCACCUUGUGCUAUGGAGCGACGGAUCCAGGAAGAUCUGGGAGACGAGGCAGCAGCUUAUCGUCCAUACAACACUUCAUAUAUCCGAGGACAGGCCGGCUCUUCCACGCGGACUAUGUGAGAGACAACGAGAUCUUCAGGUCAUUGGAAAGGACCAACUUCAUGAGAAGAGGACCUUUUGCAGAAAGACAGGGAAAGGUUUAUGAUGGUAAAGUAGAGAAAAAGAAACAUGUGUAUGUUCGGGGUGGAAGAAUACCUGUGGAAACCGAGAAAAGUGAUUUACUAAAGGAUACAAGCAGAUCGAACGCUGUGUUAUUCAAAGUGAGCAAAAUUGUAGUAAAAGAUCCGGUGCUUGCUGGAGAAAGGAUCAAAAGAAGUGCAGAUUUAGAUGACAGGGAUAUGAUUCAAAAUUCAUCUGCGGUUGGUCAAAAAUCCCCUCCUAUGUAUUUAAAUAAUCUGGGACAGACAAAUGGAAGUUCAACAGAUAACAAAGGCAGUGGACACAGUGAAGGCGGAAUUCCGAUCAUUACAGAAAAUAAAGUUGACUGUGACAACAAUUCAACAUCAAAGAACAACGAUACCGACAAAACCUUGUUCGUACACGACUCCGCAGGAAGGACACCAGAAGUUGGGGAAGGCAGUCUCAUGAAAAAGACCGUAGUGGACGACAGCCUAAAGCUCUACCCUGUGUACCGAGGAGUCAAAUACUACUACCCUCAGACUCAACGUCGACUGGUGUACUCUCCUCAGCUGACGGUCAGCAUGGACGUGCCCGUGGUGACGGAGGCGGAGGACGAGGGAAACACCACCUCAGGGCUGCAAGAGGAGGGUCGUAGUCGUCGGCCUUUUAAGAAGCUGGCGUUUCCCCUACUUCUGGCGCUGAAGCUCAAGACAGCCAUCAUGGUGCCUCUGGUCCUGGGCUUCAUAGGCCUCAUCUCCUUCAAGGGUCUGUGGUCCGGACUGACGGCGCUCGCCAUCGCAGCGGCGUUGGGUCUGAAGGCUCUGGUGACCGGGGGCGGUGCCCGGGUACUGGUACACUCACUGCCGCCCCCACCGCCUCCAGCACACGUGCACCAUCUCCCACCCCCGGCCGUGGAGUAUGCCGAGUAUUGGAGUCGCCGCAACGACGACCACAACACAUACUCCGCCUACUCCGACUAUAGACCUUCGACAUGGCCUUGAUUGCAUUUUAUUAUUAUCUAUUUAUUUAU